UCUUCAUUGUGCUGAACUUGGGUUCUCUGCACUGGGCCUAACUCAAGGGCUUGACAAGGGUUGCUCAGUGCCCUUCACUUACAAGUAUUCAUGUGCCUGGCUUAGCAUGAGUGCGCACUGAGGCAGCACUGCUGAGCUGAGCUGGGCACAGAAACUCCUUGGGCUUGUUUUGUGCUCUGACACUAACACCAUCACCUCUUUCAGAGCUAUCAGCCCUGAGUCUUAUCUGAGUCGUGCUUUGACCCUUCCUUGGGAUUCCCACAGCCUUCCUUACCAGAGCCCUGCUGGAACAGCUGCUGCCUCCAUCCCAAGGCACUUCACAUCCCUGCUGAAUAAAGCUGGGGUUUAUUUAAUCCCUCUCAUAAGACAUUGCUCAUUUGCAAGGUAAUGCUCAUCUGUGGUGACCCAUCACAUUGCCUGGGGACAGAGGGCUGGGACUCAAACCAGCCCGGUGGGAAGCAGAGGAUGCUCUUGCAGAGCCCGUCUGUGGGUGCUGCUGGCAGCCAGGGUGGGGAGCAAGCAGCCUCCCAUUGGGUGCAGCAGCCACCUCGGCAGCCCAGGAAGCUGUGGUGUGUGCUGCAUGGUAUCUGCUCGGAGCCAUCUGCUCUGGAAGGAGCUCAAGAAGAGCUCACAUCGAGAUGCUCGAGCUGCUCCGGAGCCCCUCAUAAGGAACAACUGGGAUAAAAGAAGCCAAAUCCUGCAGGACGGGUGGCAAAGGGAGCAUGGUUGGAUCCCUGCCCUUCACAGUCAGCAGCCUUUGAGUCUCUGCUAGAGCUCAGCCCCACGGAAGCGGCUGCCCCAUGGCUGCAGUGGGGGGUGAAGGACAUGGGGGGACCCCACUGGUGCCAGCGGGCGCUGCCCUGGCCCUGCUCGGUGGCCUGGUCUACCUGGGUGCCCUGUGCGCUGCCUGCAGACGCAAGGGCAGGAAGAAGCAGCUCCCUCCGGACGGGGUGAAGCUGGUGGAUGAGUCCCUGCUCAGACCGACUCCGCUGCGGUCGCUCAGCAAGUCCGACACGAAGCUGCACGAACUGCACCGGGUGAAGGCAGCGGAUGAGGCCCAGCGCCCGGCCAGCCUGGACUUCAGCUGCCCCACACCCAGUGCCCCCCAGCACGGCACCAGUGUCCUCCUGCACCGGGAGCUGCCGCAGAUCCCGGUCCCCGAGCCCCCGGCCCCCGAACAGACAUACUCCAACCUCCGCUUCCCCCCUCGCCGGCGCCCGGCCCCAGACACCGUCUAUGAGUGCGUGGCUAUGGGGGGAGAAGAGGCCUCGGGGUCCCCCCCUCGGGCCGGGCAUGGGGGGGCCGAUUACGCCUGCGUGCGCAAGGUGAAGAAGGGGAUGCCCGUGGAGGUGCAGGAUGCGGCCGCAGCCAUGGGGACCCCACCGGUGCUGCAGUGCUGGGGUGGCAAAGGAGGUGCCCCCCAAGUGAAGCUGGAAGAGAUGUACUCCACGGUGUGCAAGGCCACCAAGAGGAAACCCCAGGUCCCUGCAUCGCCCCCGAGGGAGGAGGGAGCCCAGGCUCAGCCCUGGUCCCCAGCAGCCCAUGGCCCCCUGGACCCCUGCUAUGAGUCCAUCAAUGACAGAGCCUGGACCAUCCAGGGCCGCGGCCCUGACCCGGACUAUGAGGCCGUGGAUGUCAACUGGAAGAGGGCAGCGAAGAGGGAUAAGGCCCCUGAGAACCUAUAUGAGAGCGUUGGGGACAUCUGGGCCGGGGGGUCCCAAAGAGCAGCGGCUAGGAUGGCAGCCAAUGGCCUGGAGGUUUACAUCACCAACCUAUAGCACCCUAUGGCUGGGCUCCCAUGGGAUCGGCUUUCCAGGGGGUUGACCCCCCCCUGGGAUGGGCACACUUGAACCCAUCCCCACUGCAUCCCCAUAAGGGCUUUCUGUAUGUAUCUUGUAUCCCUUUGAGCAUCCUUGUCCCAUCCCAACCCAUGGUGAUGUUGGGUGCCCUGGGAUGGGUGGUUUGGGGGUGCUGGGUGCCACAUGGAGCCUGAUGGGACAGUGACGGUGCUGCCACCACAAUGGGAAUAGGGUUGGGACCAGUUGUGGUGGUGGGGUCAGCCCCGUGGCUCUGUGCUGCAGGAUCAGGCCCUUCCUUCAUCACCUGGGUUAUGCCAUGAGUGAGGGUCUCCAUCAUCCUCCCUUUGUCUUGGGGGGAGCAGAGCCCCAUCCAGCCCCCAGGAAGCCCUGAGCACCUUCAUCCCCAUCCCUGGUUAUGGGGACCUUGGGGCAGAGCAGGCUGCGGACUCUGCUUUGUCCCUCUCACCCAUUCCCACCUUAUGGGUCCGUACAAGAGUGAGGUGCUUCUGUAAGCUGCCAUCUCCCAAACACCAUUAAAAGGCUGUGAUGGGGUUA